GUAGAUGCAAAGAUAGGCACAGGGACCGUGACGAUUUGAAACCAUUGAUUGGUAGUAAGUUCCAAUCAAGAUCACUAUGGAAUGAAUCUUCACAUAUACCUAUGUACGCCUACGACUCACAAACCAUAGUUAUCUCAUAUCUAACUCGUUCCAGCGUACAUGGACGGUUGAUUGGUCUACCCACCACACCCUCACCGUCCAAUGAACACCCAUCGACGACCCUGUGCCGCUCCUUAUCUAGCAUGACAGCUCCCUCCCUCGUACAUACGAGUACAUACACCCUGCGUUUCAAACACCCUACAGAAAGCAGGGCGAUAGGCAACACAUCACAUCACCAGCAGAUACGGACAGUUCGGCACGCGAACCCUACAUUCCUUCCCUUUUACCAAGAUCUCAUCCCACGCCGCCUUGCCUGCUUCUGUCCACGCGCCCCUCCCCCAUCGAGAUUCAGAAGCGUGCCGUGGCGAUUGGGCAGGCAGGCAGCACCGAUAGACGAGCGCGAGGAGAUCGUAGAUUUCGUGCUUCUCACGAGGGGAGAGAGGGUCCUGUGGGAUCGAGGUAGGGUCCUACAUGGGGAAAGAGAUGGGCAAUUUUUUACGCAUGUGCACAGCGCAUCCCCCCCCCAUUUGGCUUUUUCUACAAUACAUACCUUGUCUCGCCCUGCCGCGGUUGUAGUUCCACAUGCAUAUGUGAAGAUUAGGAUACGAUACAACGCAACGUGCAUAUCCUAGAGGUCGGAUCACUCGACGGGUGGAGAGUGAAGCUGGGGGGGACUGUCGCCCACGACCGUCUGCCCGCCCACGAUGUCUUCGUGACGUAUGACGUAUGUUGUUGUAAUAAUGGCGCUCGUCCCUCCACUCUCGGCUACAUGUACCUUUUCGUUUCCCGAAGUGGGAGAGAAGGGACCUCGGAGCGAACGGCGAAAGUGGAAAAAAAAAAACUCAUACUUUCUGGAUCUAGAUUCCCAGAUGUCCCUGUUAUUGUGGGGAUGUAAUAACGCAUGGGAAGCAACAAGGCAAUGCCGGGACAAAACGCCGAAAAUAAAGGGUUUCCCUUAAACUCUCUUUACAGCUGAGUAUGCGUGGCAGCAUGAGACGAGGGUUCAAGGAAAAUGGUCCCCGGAGUGGGAUGAUUCGAAGGCGCGAGGGGCGUAAA